AUGGCAACGAAAUACGCUUUCUCCCAGGGUUUGAAGGAGUUGAGGUUCCUGUUCUGCCAGACCAGCGAGCAGAGCGCUGCGACCAGGAACUUCCUUACCAAGAGUUAUCCGACGAUGAAGAAGCACAACCCGCACACCCCAAUUCUCAUCCGAGAGGCAAGCGGCAUUGAACCCAAGGUUUAUGCGAGAUUUGAUUUCGGCAAGGAGAAGUCGGUCCCAUUGAAAGGAUUGGAUGACAAGGCAAUCGAACAAUCGGUCUCAGAUCUAGUCAAGUCGACGAUAUAA